UGAGCACUAAGUUCACCGAGAGAAAAAAAAAAGAAAGGAAGAGCUCUAUGAGAAGAAGAUUGAGAUAUACAUAUAGAGGUUUAACUAAUGGAGAAUAUUAGUUCGGCGGUGCCCGACGGGUUUCGAUUCUACCCAACAGAAGAAGAGCUGGUUUCGUUCUAUCUCCACAACAAGCUACGAGGCACAAGACAAGACCUUGAUCGAGUCAUUCCAGUCCUCUAUAUUUAUCACUUCAAUCCAUGGGAUCUCCCACAAUUUGCUGGCGAGCUGUGUCGUGAAGACCCUGAACAAUGGUUCUUCUUUAUUCCUAGACAAGAGAAAGAAGCUCGUGGAGGAAGACCUAACCGACUAACUACUUCUGGAUACUGGAAAGCUACUGGCUCUCCCAGUUAUGUUUACUGUUCUAAUAACCGAGUUAUCGGUGUGAAGAGGACAAUGGUUUUCUACAUAGGAAAAGCUCCAACCGGGAGAAAAACGGACUGGAAAAUGAAUGAAUAUAGGACCAUUGAAGGGGAGGUUUCAUCAUCAAGAAAUGCAAUUCCAAAGUUAAGACAGGACUUGAGUCUCUGCCGGGUGCACAGAUCAUCGACAAGGUUGGGUGCUUUUGAUAGGCGGCCGUCAUCAACCUUCUUGCACGGUUUUGACAGGCAGCCACAGGCAGCGGUGGCAGGCCCGGAUCCGGCAAUGGUUCACCAAACUCAUCACAGUGGCGAGGCGAUAACAUCUCAUAACCAGAACUAUCUAAUGAUGGAGAGUGCAAGCUUACCAGAGAGAUUUUCGUUAGGAGAACAUGUUGGUAAUGAUCCGUCACAUCACAUGUUGAUUAGAGAUAACUGGGAUAUGUUUUUUGAGGAUCAGCCUCUGUGGGAUUGGUAACAGGAACAACUCAAUUGGUUCUGAUAAGAAGGAAUACCAUCAAAAGCUAUGAAGAAAUGAACCAUAUAUGCUGUGGAUCAGCAGGUCAUGAGAUAUGUCCACUGAAAUUAUCAUAUUAUAUGUUCUUCUUCUAUUAUAUGUGUGUUCUUUUGUUUUUUUUUUUUUUUUGGGUGCGUCUUCCUUUAAAUUAAGGACAUAUAGGAUUGUCCUUAUUGUACUUUUAUCAUUGAAAUUAAUCUGAGGGAUACUUAUAGGACACUGGAUAUAGCAGCUCAA